CUCCAGCCCCACAGAGGCGCCUGCACAGAAGUGACGGACAGACGGAUCCUGAGGAGCAGGGCCCAUGGACACCUUCAGCACCAAGAGCCUGGCCCUGCAGGCCCAGAAGAAAGUCCUCAGCAAGAUGGCCUCCAAGGCCAUGGUGGCCGUGUUCGCGGACGACACCAGCAGCGAGAUCCUGGACGAACUGUACCAGGCCACCAAGGAGUUCACCCGCAGCCGGAAGGAGGCGCAGAGGGUGGUGAAGAACCUGGUGAAGGUGGCGGUGAAGCUGGCCGUGCUGCUGCGGGCCGGCCAGCUGGACGGCGACGAGCUGGCGCAGCUGCGGCGGUUCCGGGGCCGGGCGCGCAGCCUGGCCAUGACGGCCCUCAGCUUCCACCAGGUGGACUUCACCUUCGACCGGCGCGUGCUGGCCGCGGGGCUGCUGGAGUGCAGGGACCUGCUGCACCAGGCCACCGGGCCGCACCUCACCGCCAAGUCCCACGGCCGCAUCAACCACGUCUUCGGCCACUUUGCCAACGGCGACUUCCUGGCCGCGCUGUACGGCCCCGCGGAGCCCUACCGGAGCCACCUGCGCCGCAUCUGCGAGGGCCUUGGCAGGAUGCUGGACGAGGGCGGCAUCUGACCCGGCCGGGUGGCCGACCGGCCGGCGCGCGUCCCAACUGCUCCUCUUUUCUACUUCUGAGACGCUGUCGUGUAGCCCAGGCUGACC